AUGAGUGAGGGGGUUGCUUCUGUUUUGGCGGAAGUCGGUGACUUCCAGAAAGAUAAACUUAAGCAUGUUGAUCCAGCUGUCAAAAAUGUAUUGCCCACUGCUGAUGAUGUUAAGAAUGAGAAAAAAGAAUCUCAACUCAUGCAUGACAUCGAACAGGGAACUCAUCUGAAGAAGGUAAAAACAGUUGAGAAAAAUCCUUUACCAACGAAAGAAGAUAUUGAGAGGGAGAAGAAGGAGCAGAAGUAA